AUGGACGCAGAUAAAUUGAUGUCAAUGCAAAAAGAAAGACUAGUAAAAUUAUAUAAAGCACAAAUCAAUUGGAACAAGAGCCCAAAGAAUAGAAUCACGAGAGGAUAUGUUGAAACGAGAUUGGAAUCCUUAGAAAAAUUAUGGAAGCAAUUCCCUGAUAUUUAUUGGAAGAUUCUUACGUCAGUAGAGCCAGAACAGUGCUCUAAAAUUGAAUACUUCACUCAGGAUACAUGCGAUACGUUUGAGGAAACUUUUUCUUACUACAAAGGUUGCUUGAAGGACGCUCUACGUGAGAUUGAAUCGACGUGCUCGCACCAACCAACCUAA